UUACUUUUCACUCUCUGAACUCCAACAAGAUACUUAUAUAGUCAUAAACUCUGAAAUCACCAUCAUGAAGCAACUCCUUCACUAAAAACUUGAGGAGCUGAAGAUGACUGAGGACAACUACUCCUUGGCAACAGAGUUCAUCCUCAUAGGAUUCUCAGACUACCCUGACUUAAAGACACUUCUGUUCCUGGUGUUCUCUGCCAUCUAUCUGGUCACCAUGGUGGGGAAUCUUGGGCUGGUGGCCUUGAUCUACAUGGAGCCUCGUCUCCACACACCCAUGUACAUCUUUCUGGGCAACCUGGCUCUGAUGGACUCCUGCUGCUCCUGUGCCAUCACUCCCAAGAUGCUAGAGAACUUCUUUUCUCUGGAAAGAAGGAUUUCUCUCUAUGAAUGCAUGGCACAGUUCUAUUUUCUCUGUCUUGCUGAAACUGCAGACUGCUUUCUUCUUGCAGCGAUGGCCUAUGACCGCUAUGUGGCCAUAUGCAACCCACUGCAGUACCACACCAUGAUGUCCAAGAAGCUCUGCCUUCAAAUGACCACAGGAGCCUACAUAGCAGGAAACCUACAUUCCAUGAUUCACAUAGCGUUCUUGUUCAGGUUAACUUUCUGCAGGUCUCAUGUAAUCAAGCACUUCUUUUGUGAUGUCCUUCCCCUGUUCAGACUCUCAUGUGUUGACCCUUAUAUCAAUGAACUGAUGAUACUCAUCUUUUCUGGUUCUGUUCAAACCUUUUCCAUUAUUAUAGUCCUCAUUUCUUAUUUCUGCAUCCUUUUUACUAUAUUCACAAUGAAGUCCAGAGAGGGAAGAAGCAAAGCCUUAUCUACUUGUGCAUCCCACUUUCUGUCUGUGUCAAUAUUCUAUGGGUCUCUUCUCUACACAUAUAUUCGACCAAGUUCAAUCAACGAAGGAAAUGAAGAUAUACCUGUUGCUAUUUUUUAUACUCUGGUAAUUCCUUUAUUAAACCCCUUUAUUUAUAGUCUGAGAAAUAAGGAAGUAAUUAAUGCAAUUAAAAGAACCAUGAACACAGGAUGA